AUGAAAGGGUUAUUAACCUCCCUGUGCAUUAUUUAUCUUUGUGUACAUUUCAGUUCAACCGUAUUUUUAAAAAGAAAGCCAUCAAAUAGAGUGAAAUUAUUACAUGCCCUUACCACACAAUGUAACAGUAAGCGUGGGGAAGGUCCAAGUGUAGGCUACUCAAUUUCGCAGGUUGUAAAAGGUAGGAGUCAGCCUAUUUAUAAAUAUAGGGGUGGAAAAAAGCGAAAAUGGAAAAAACAAAAAGAAGUAGAAAAUAUGACAAAUAAUGAAGUAGAGAUAAAAGCAAACUACCGCGAGUGUAUUCUUUUCUUUCUAUAUGGCACUCCCUACUUGACAGAUGGAACAAGUAACAAUAUUAUGCUUCCCUCCCGUUCCCUUUUUUUUAAAAAAUCGUAUGGGAAAAAAAAAAAGAAAAUUCUUUUAAAUUUAAAUGAAACCAAUUUAGAAAAUAAAAAAAGAUGUACACUAGGAGUAAUGAUAAAACAUCAUCAAAGCAAAUCGAAAAAGAUAACUAAUGAUAUUCUUGAAGCGAUAUAUAGGAUAAGAUGUACACGACAUAAUUAUUUGUUAAACUACAAUUUUUUUAAAAAAGAUCCUUUACAUUUAAAUGAUGAUAUAAUUAAUACAAUUCUAAGGAGAUUUACAAUAAGUUCGAGUUUUUAUGUAGAUCCUUUUUUACAUUUGUACAAUAUUGACGAAUAUGAAAAUAUUUACAACAAAGAACUUAUAAAUUAUAUGUAUUUGUUUAGAAAGGAUAGAGAUAGAAAGUAUUUUGAAAAGUUCAACUCGUCUCAUUAUUCUAAUUCUUUUAUUUUAAUUUAUCCUCCUCCGAAUUUAUCAGGACAGUUACAUGCUGGUCAUUAUUUCAAUUAUAUCUACCAGGAUAUUCUGUGCCUAUUCAAUAAGCACAUCUUAUCGAAGUAUGUCAUUCCCCUUUAUGGUACAGAUCAUGGAGGUCUAAGUGCUCACGAAAUGUUUUCAAAAGAAUUCAAAAAGAAGGACCACUGGAGUAAAGAAGAAUAUAUAAGUGAAAUAAUAAAAUGGCAAGAAAACUUAAAACAAGAUAUUUUAAAAAGUUUACAACAAAUGAACAUCAUUGUUGAUGAAAAGAAGUUUUACAGUACAAUGGAUGAUAGGAUGCAAAUGAUUAUCAGUAGGGCAUUUAAAAUUUUAUAUAAAGACAAUUUAAUCGUAAAAAAAUUGUAUCCUGUUUAUUACUGUGAAGAUAUGAAUACGAUAAUUCCAAGGUUUGACUUACAAUUUAGAAAGGAGCAGAAAGAUAGGUACUUGUUGAAGUUGUAUAUAGUAAAUGAUAUGGACUAUACGCGAUCACAAGGGUUGUCUUUGGACAGCAAUUCAAACAGUGAUGCCAUCAACAGAGCCACUGAUAUCGGUGUUACGGGUACUACUCGAAGUGUUAACGUUAGUGGCUGUAACAAAAUUGACGACUGUAAUGUUGAACUUGACAGGGAUCACUGCGUGGAAAAAGCAGGCGGGACCACAGACUACAUGCAGCAUAAUAACUGGCGUAAUGAUCCGCGUAAUGUGGAGAGCUCGAGAGAAAAUCCUAACUCGGGUACUGUAAAAUUUUUUGGAAAGAAUUCGUAUCAUUUUAAUUACGUAAGUGAAAGAGAAGGUGCACAAAGAGAAGUCGCUUCCAAAGGAGCCGAACGAGGUGGAAGAAAUCCACCCUUUGUUUCCAUCGAGUUGGAAUCUAUUCAUGAUUUAAACCGAUUAAUUGCAGUUUUGUAUUAUUCUUCAGACAAGGAGAAAUACCAAAAUAAAUAUGCUUUGAUUCCUUUUUCCAAUAAGGUAGCAGUACCCCUAAUUUUCUGUAAAAAAAAAAAUAUAUGUAUCUGCCUAGCGAGUGAUGUAGAUGAUGAAACUGAAGACAUAUUCAUACCUGUAUUUUCUAUAAAGAGGGAAGCAUAUUCAACUAUCUUACGUAACAACAAUAGAUUAUAUAAGGUACCAUAUAAUGAAAAUGAAAUGAAUGGUAAUUUUGUUUAUUCGGAUGAAGAAAAACAAUUAUUGAAGAGACUAGAAAAACAAAAUGACGACUCAAUAAUAAAUUUUGUAGAAACAAAGAAGAGUAGUAGUAUCUUCAAAUGUGCAUAUUAUAAGAAUCACAAAUGCACAUUAACACUUGCAGAACAGUGGAGCAUAAAGUAUGACAAGAUAACUCAACUUUUUUAUGAGAAUGCACCUAACGAAAACUUCACUGUAAUACCUUUGAAAUAUAAGAAAUACUUUUUGUAUGAUUACAUAAACAGUCCGGAGUGGUUACUGAAUCGUCAAAUUCCAUACGGUCAUCCCAUUCCACUGUAUAAAUAUGAACAGGUAGGGGCACCAGCUAGUGAUUCGGCAGUCCGAACCACUGCUACUGCUACUGCUACCACUACUGCUACCACUACUGCUACCAAUACUGCUACCAAUACUGCUACCACUGCCACUACCCCAACUAUUGCUGCCACUGAAAGUACCACUCCCUCUAUUGCUUCCCCUACCUUCAGCACAGAAGACGUAAACGGGAACCCACCCACUUGUUACGUAUACGGUACAAAUGUGGAUGAAGCAUAUGAAAAUUUGGUCGAUUCGAAUUAUUUCAAAAUGGGAAUAAUUAAAAAGGAAGAUCUAAAACAAGAAAAGGACGUUUUGGAUAGCUGGUUUUCCUCAUCACUAUAUUUCCUACAUUGUUUGCAUCAAAGCGGAAUAAAUAUAAAACGCCUGCUUAGACACAAGGGAUGCUUAGUUGAUUUCAUUUGCACGGGAAAAGAUAUUCUUUACCCGUGGAUCCUCAGGAGCUUCAUCCUACUGCACUACUUUAUGAAGCAUGACCACAUUAAGGAGAUUCUUAAUGUUAGCGAUGUAAGCAGUGUGAGCAGUGUGGGAAGCGAAAGCAGUGUAGGCAGCGCUGAAGUGCGGGAACGUAGCUCGGGCCCCCCCCCGCAGGGCUACCGCCUUUCCAAUGUGAUAAAAUUUCAUGGUAUGCUGAAAGACAACGUGGGAAAGAAAAUCAGCAAGAGCGACGAGAAUUCCACUUAUUAUAACAAGUACUUGGAAAAUGUAAAUGUAGACUGUUUGAGGAUGUGUUUUAGUUUUCUUCAAAAAGGAACAGAGGAUAUUAUUUUCUCUGAUAACUGUAUUCGUAAGAGUAAAAAAUUUGUAAGGAAAAUAUGGAAUAUAGCCAAUUUUAUUAAAAAAAAUUGUUCUUUCUAUUUAUAUAACAAUAUGAGAAAUUAUUUCUUAGAUAAUAAUAAAAAAAUAUAUGAUUUUUUAAAGGAAAAAAGUAUAUGCAAAAUAUCAAAUAUAGGAAUUUUUAAUUUAUAUUGUAAUACUAUCAAUUCGGUAGUACAUGAAAUGAAAAAUCAUAAUUUGCAAAAAAGUAUUAACAUUAUUCAUAAUUAUAUAAUGACAUAUUUUUCAAAAUUUUAUUUAAAUUAUUAUGCAUAUAAUGAUGAUAAUAAUGAGAUAAAUACUUUUUUAAUAUUUUUUAUUUUUAAUGGUUUAUUAAAAGUUUUAUAUCCAUUCAUCCCACAUAUAGCUGAGAUCUUGUUCAUACAACUUAAUUUAAAAUAUGAACAGGUCAGGUCAAAAGAAAAAAAAAAAAAAUUUCUAUCUUGUAAUUACGAUUUUUUUAAAAAUCAAAAUUUUAUUAACGUAAAUAAAAACAAUACGGAGGAAAAAUACUUUGUCCAAUUUACUCAAAUAGUUAAUUUUCUUCGUAAUUACAAAAAGAACGGUGCAUAUAACCACAAAUCAGUGCAUAUAUAUUUGAAGACAAGUGGACAACAAAUUCCCAUGGAAUACUUCAAGAAUGAAGAAGCUUGCUUGCACAACUUGUUCGGCUCGAACGUUUAUUUUGUGCACGAUAAGGAGGCGCUAAGCCAUCCGGAAGUUCGUCUUAAUAAGGAAAAAGAACGCAGCCAUAAGUUAAAGGGGAAACAGAUAUUGUGCAGUAGCGAUUUUUUUAUAAUGUUGUCAUAA